AUAGAGAUGGAGAGUUUCGACAUUUAGGAGACUUACAACCCCCAGAACAACUGUCGACCAUUAUUUCACAACCGAAAUUAGUCACAGAUACACAACAACUGGACACAGAAAACAAACAACCUCCAAAACAACUGUCGACCACUAAUUCAAAACCAAAAUUAGUCACAGAUACACAACAACAGGAACCAGAAAACAAAGAACCACCCAAACAACUGUCAAAAAUUACUUCACAAAGGCCGCUACUGACAGAUACACAACAACAGGAACCAGAAAAAAAACAACCCCCCAAACAACUGUCGACCACUUCUUCACAAACGCCGUUACUGACAGAUACACAACAACAGGAACGUUCAACGAGUAGUGACACAAAAAACACCAGCAAUCAAACAACUACCCCAGAAAACGACAGUUUUGAGGAUUCUAUCAAAACUGACUUUAACCAGUGGGAUAUCCUAGAUCAGCAAGAAGUAGAUGGGUUCUAUACCAAUACAGAUUCGGAGUUAGAUGCUUCUUAUAAAUAUGCUUAUUUGUCAGUACAAGCAAAUGAGAGUUUAGCUAUUGAAGUCGGGCAUUCGUUGAAGACCUUCCUAAUUAACUGCAAAUAUGGUGGUUAUCCAUGUUCACCACAAAACUUUACAACUUUCAAUAAUCCCACAUAUGGAAACUGUUUUACAUUUAACCAUCCAGAAAAGGGGGCUUCAUUAACUACUACGUUUCCUGGACCUUUAUUUGGUCUUUCCCUGGAGUUAUACCUUAAUCAGGACGAAUACAUACCAGCUCUAUCUCCAGAAGCAGGUGUCAGGGUUGUUGUUCAUCCACGAAAUACCAUGCCAUUUCCUGUAGACAAUGGUAUCUCUGUAUCACCAGGUUUCGCAACAUCUAUCGGAUUAAAUGCAGUUGAAAUGAUAAGAUUGGAACCUCCACAUUCAGAUUGUGCAAACAAAGGUUUAAUAAAUGAUCUUUACAUGAAGAAUUUGAAGACAAAUUAUUCCAAGUUGUCGUGUAUGAAAUCUUGUUAUCAGAUGUUGAUUAUUGAAGAAUGUAACUGUUCCGAACCUUUUUAUUACGUGGAAAAUAGAGAAAAUGUGUGCAACAUGACCAAUAAUACUAUAGCACAGUGUACACAGAAUAUAAAGACAUCAAGACAAGCUGAUUAUGACGCAUGUGACGAUAAAUGUCCGCAGGCGUGUUAUGAACAAAGAUAUGAAAAAUCUAUAUCUAUGGCGUCGUGGCCCUCUGAUGCUUACGAGAAACAACUAACGGAUAGAGUGCAAAAGACCAGUAGUACUUUAGUAAAUCAUAAAGACUUUAAGACAAAAGAAUUCGUAAAGCUGCAAGUGUAUUAUCAAGAGUUAGUGUUUAAAAGAAUAGAAAAUACGAAAUCGUAUGAGUCAAUGAAUCUGAUCAGUGAUAUUGGUGGUCAGUUGGGUCUAUGGUUGGGUUUAUCAGCUAUAACUAUUGGUGAACUUAUUAGCUUUUUGCUUAUGGUAUGUAGGGCGAUGUACAUCAAGCUAUUACCAAGGAAGAUAACUCCUGUGACCAAAGUGAAGCUGGACAACAUGCGUUAAACAAACAAAACACCAAAACAUAUAAAAAAAUAUAUAAUUUACCUGCAUUG